AUGCAGUUACCAACCACUCCUACCAAAACUGGCAAUCUUCCAGGCAGUCAUAGUGCGACAGACAAGCCUCCUUGUACUUUUUCGAGCCCAUGUCGUAAAUGCGAGAUCCGCAUGAUCCUUCGUGGUCAGUACUCGUCGAGUCAUCAAGGCGAGCACGAAUGUAUCAGCCAGUGGGAUGACGCUAUUCAGAAGGCCAAGAUUGUUGUGAAGGCCGAAGCAUCGUCCUCAGCUCCAAACAUUUCGACCGGACGCCCUCUCGUGCCUACUUCGAAACAGGCAGCGUCCGCUAUCACUUUCAAAGUCCCGUUUGAAGACGCGAUCAAGAUUGUUGAGGUCGCUCCCUCUGAGGAAACCAAGCUUGAUGCUGUCCCUCAAGGCAUAGCCAACAGCAUGGAUGUUGUCGUGAUGCAACAGAAGGCCAUGAUCAGUGCAUUGGUAAAGCAGCAGACUAUGAUGUUAAACAUCAUAGUCGAUAUGAACAAAAACAUGAUGUCUGCUGUUGAGGAUUCCCACCUCGGGUUGGAGAAUAUGUAG